GUGUGGUGGAAGCAGAGGAGGACAAGUUAUCCGCCUCCCUACAACACAGCUGAAGGGCCACUGUGGCGUGUGAGGCUCCUGACCAAGGCAACUGCUAACACCUACCGGAGUCAAGAUCCAACUUUUUGCCACAAUUAUGCUCUCUUAUUUGGCAUCCAUCAUGCUUUAGCCGACGGCUUCACCAAUAUCAGAAUCUGUAACAUGCUGCAUACCAUACUGGAGGAUGUGAUGGCCGGGCGCACAGUGGAUGAUGAACAACAACUUGGAGAACACGUCGAUGAUACACAGGUUCUGGGGACUUUUGAACAAGAGACUAGAAAACUAAUGGAGGAUCCGAAACUCUUGGCAAAAGCCAAGGAGCAACUUCAUGAAGAUGUUUGCCCACUUCUUCACAAGUUUUUCCCUGCUCAAGAAAACACUGAUAUUAAAACCAGCUACGUUAAUACUUAUUUUAAUGAAGAAAUGACGCGAUCUUUUCUUCAUAAGUGUAAAGCUGAGGGAGUUAGUCUUCACUGUGGUCUUACAGGUGUUAUAAAUGUUGCUAUCAUUGAGCUUCUUGAAAGUUUCUGUGAGUUGCCCCAUGAAAUAAAUUUUCGGGCUGGUCAUGAUGUGAACAUUAGACGCUAUUAUACAGGUGACACCUCACGUACUCUUAGCUCAUUUGCCAACAUUUGGUUUUAAGACGUCCUUUAAAACCACUAAAGACCUCCGCUAUAACUUUUGGCCUUCUGUCAGGAUAUUCCAAAACAAAUUUAAUUCCGAACUGAAUGAUCGGCAGCCGCUACAAGCUGUAGCACUAAGAAUGAUGGAAAAAUCCAAGUCUGAUAAUUUUGGGAGUAUUUUAGACGCCAUGGAGUACCUGGCUGCUAUUAUACGAUAUCCAACUUGGGGGAUGUAACUCCCACUCUCCCUGGAGACGGAGACUGUAUCAAGGUAUGGAAGGUGACCCGCCUCUCUUCCCUCCGCGGCAUGACCAACUUCAUUUGUUUCUACGUCCACACUCUCAAAGGUCGCCUUGAUAUUAAUCUUGGGUUUUCGACUCGGUUUUUAGACCACAAAGUCGCCAGCAAAAUCAUGGAGAACAUUAGUAACAGUAUUACAACCCUAUGUUGAGUUUUAUCUGAGCUUGUAGUGGAUUGUAAACGAACAGGAGAGAUAAACCUCCUGACGAAGAUAUCCUGAUAAAAAAAAAUUUUCUGAAAGGCCACCCAAGACACGCCUUCCGGUGAUCAAAGGAUUAUUAUAAAGCUUUUUUGCAAGUAAGGUAUUCGAAAGAUAUGUUAAACAAUACAGGAAAAAAAUGCAUUAUCACAUUUAUGUAUCUAUUAACUACUUAGAAAAUAGUAAACUGCAGUGUACGAGGGAAACCCUAACAAUGACAAUCUUAAAAAGGAACUUUCAUUACAAAAACAAAAAUCCACCGGGCAAAUUAAAACAGAUGCAGCAUUGACGAUGGGGAUGUUUAAAUGUAUAACUGCAGUUCAACAACUAAUGAAUUUUUUAAUGUAAAAUGUAUUACUGCGCUUCAACAAGCAAGGUAUUGUUUAUGUUAUACAGUAUAAUGUAUUACUGUGCCUCAACAACUAAGGACUUGUAAAUGUUGCGCUUCAACAACUAAAGUCUUUAAGUGCGUAUUCUAGAUGAGUAAAUACACAAGUCAUCAACAAUUAAACAUUAACCCUUCAGAGGAUAAUGUAUCCCUUAGGUAUUUUAUUCAGGGUACACCAGUGAAUUAUAUUUUGCUGAGGGAGCCCCUUCCCGCGGUACGGUCAAGAGAUAUAUUGCUUCCCACAACCAUAUAUCCUAACUCAUAUAUAUAUAUAUAUAUAUA